GAGACUAAUGUCACAAUAAAUAAAUAUUACGUGAUACAGAACUUGUCUUCAGGAGCACACUAGCUUCGAUUCAAAAGCAUUUCGCCGAUUACAAGUAUAUUUUUGAAGCUAGUAAAGCUAAUUUCCACGAAAAAUGCCUGCAGUUCCCGGAAGUGUGUACGGACAAAACCAGCAGCCAUCAUGUUUCGACCGCAUGAAGACAGGAUUCACUAUUGGGUUAUGCGUUGGAAUGGCUAGUGGUGCAUUGUUUGGAGGAUUUUCCGCAUUAAGAUACGGUCUUCGUGGUCGUGAGUUAAUCAACAAUGUCGGCAAAGUUAUGAUUCAAGGAGGAGGCACAUUCGGCACAUUCAUGGCAAUUGGUACCGGAAUUCGAUGUUAGUGGUGUUAUAGUUUCUCACAAAAUGUAUGCAAUAAAGGAAUGAUUGAAGAAUGAA